CUCAGCCCCGCACCACUUGUUUUUGGCUAUGCAUGGAGAACCACAUAUUGCUCACAUUUCACCCAAAAUCUCCCAGGGACCUUCUGGAUAUCAGCUAAUUUGUUGAUCUCUAUGGCAAUUAUGUGGUUGAUUUUUCUGCUACAGCUUAUCAACAGCUUUGAGGGUUUAUCUGGAGCUGAACAUGAGACGCUGUGCACUUCUAACGCCUGCUUCACCCUGCAUAUGAACAGGGUGACCUUUGAGGAGGCCCAUCAGAACUGCGACCACAAUGGAGGUUAUCUGAUGACAGUCAGAGACACAGAAGAGGAAGAUGUGCUUCGUUUGCUUCUUUCACAGAUCCAAGGACAACGUCUGGACAGAGCGUUUAAAUUUUGGAUUGGAUUAAAACUGCACAGAGGGGACUGUGUGCUGCCUGGCAACACUCUCUUUGGGUUUAAGUGGGUAUCUGGGGAGGAAGAUUCCAGCUACUCCAACUGGGAAAAAGAACCUGUCACCACAUGCACAGGAGAGAGAUGUGUAAAGGUUGUCUACACUUUAUCAGGUGAGAGUCAACUGAAAUGGACUGCUGGAGCUUGCAGAAGCCCUGCCUUUUAUGCAUGUAAGUUUUAUUUUAAGGGAAUGUGCAAACCUUUGGCUCUACUGGGGCCUGGAGAAAUCACCUACACUACGCACUUCUCAGAAGACCCACUAAGAAGUGAAAUGCAAGCAUUUCCACACGGAACAAAUGCUGUUAUUUUAUGUAGUGAUGAACGGCCUCAGUACUCUGUGUGCAAUGGAGUGGACGACAUUUAUCGGUGGACUGUCCCUGGUCCGUUUUGCAAAGCAGGAAAGCAAAAUUGUGCAAUAAACAAUGGCGGAUGUAAACAUUUGUGCCACCAGGAUGCAGACGAGGUUCGAUGCUCUUGCAAAGAAGGUUACGACCUGGGUGGGGAUGGACUCACUUGCAGGUUUAAAGACUUGUGCGGCGUUGACACCUGUGAGCAACAGUGUGUAAUGAGGGAGUCUGGGUAUUUCUGCAAAUGCUCAGACGGGUUUAAACUUGAUGCAAACCAACGUAACUGCUCUGACAUUGACGAGUGCCAGUCAAAAGCCUGUAAGCAUUAUUUGUGUGUAAAUACACACGGCAGUUACAAAUGUACGUGUAAAGGGGGCUACAAAAUGGUUGACGGUAAAUGCCAUGAUAUAGAUGAGUGCACACAAACAACGUGUGAGCACGGCUGCUCAAACAGUAUCGGAUCCUUCUCUUGUUACUGCAAUGAAGGCUUCACUUUAGCUGAGAAUGGCCGCUCAUGUGCAGACAUUAAUGAAUGUGUCAGUAAUCCCUGUCUAUUCAAAUGUGUCAAUACUGUGGGCAGCUUCUUGUGCACCUGCCUGCAAGGCUUCCACAUGGACACAGAUGGAUCGACCUGCAUUCCAGAUAUGACUGAAACAUCAGUUGCCACAUCAGAUGACCAAGCUGAGGAGGAAACACAAGAAAACGUCACCGAGUCUUUAACCAGAACCUCAGUCGAGCUCCAACAUCAGUCCCCUCACACUGACGCGCCUCGUCCAGACCUGGUGAAUGUCACGCAUGGUAAUAAUCAGAGCAACAGCUCCCUGGUGACAAGUUAUGACAAGACAGUUAAUUCCAGGGUGAUCAUCUGUGUCCUCGGUUCAGUCAUUCCCCUGUUGCUUUUGAUCGCAGUGACUCUGGCCAUUGCAAUUAUCCGAUGCAGUCGCUCCAAAAAAGAAGCCAAGAAAAAUACCACCACUGACGGCUACUGCUGGGUGUCGUCUGGUUUGGAUCCACGUUUAGAGAAACUAUAUGAGUCCAUCUUGACUGAUGACCUAUGACCUGAUGGUGGAGGAGAAGACUGUCUUCAAGGACUAUCAUGUUUAUUUAUGUAAUUUAUGUUUUGUGGUAGGCUGUGUUGUUAUCAAAUGAUCACAUAUCAAAUCACAAAACUUCAAAAAAGUUUUAAAAUUUUUUAAAAAUAUGGCGAGUUUGGCAAGAAGUAGCAAAUGUAAAUAUGUAUAGGUGUUGGUGCAAACGGCUGUUCUGAAGGGGAUGUGAGGGGCUGUGUGUAAUGAAGGUGAAAGGGUAUGUAGUGAACUGGACAGGGUGCCAGAUAAUCCCAGAAAGUUGUACCAGGAUGUAAUGUUGAAAGUCAGUAAUUUAAUGUUAAAAGCAGUCAGCUAAUUAUGUAAUUUCUCUUGUCACAACUGGCUUAAUUUUUCUGUCAUUUUACCAACAGAAAUGUUUGAGUCAUGUAUGUUGCUUAACUCAACCUGUGAUCAUCUCCUGGAACGUUGUUGUCUUUACUGCUUCUUUUAGAUGACACCAAAAGAUCAUAGGUAAAACCACAUGGCAGGAUUCAGAUUGUCCACUCAGACCUCUAAUAACCAUUUUUUCAUUUUAUUUGUUAAAAUGGAGUUUGCACAAAUAUGUAAAUAUGAUUAAAUGCAGGGCCGUAGCCAUGGAGUCAAAAUCUAGGGGGCCCAAAUCUGCUAGAGAGGCCUGCCCCCACCCCACAAAAAAACAUUCAAAAUUUGAAAACUCAUCUCCUAUUUUAUCAUUUAUGGUAACAAGAACAGUUCAUAACAUACAAUAUGAAUAUGCAAUAAAUGAAAGCUGCGACUCCCCCAUAGACAUGCAGCACAACAUGAAGGAUUGACACUUUACUCACACUUUAAGUGGGCAACCUGACAAUUAAGGAGGUCCCUAUUUGCUCAGUUAAGAACUGGUACCUUAUAACUGUCAGCGUUUAUGUGUUUUUGCAACCCGGUCUCACUCCAAAGGCGUUGAAAUCUGGUGCUUGGGCAGUGACUUGUGUCAUCAGACACCAAACAAGAGGCCAUCCUUACACACCAGCAUGGUAUGCGGCCGGUCGCCAUUAUAGUUCAACGGUGCUCGGUGGUGUUGGGGAAAUGCAGUGGGACAAGAACAAAAGUUAAGAUGGCAAAAGUCCGAGUAGGAUGGGUUGGAGGGGUGGCGGAUGGGUCCAACAAACAUUGACUUUCACCCUGGAGAGCAGUGUUUGUGUCCUCUAACUUUAAAAAGCCAAACCCUGUUCUUUUUUCCUAAAUCCAACCACAUGUUUUUGUUGAAGGAAAAAAACAUCAAUUUGUGACGUAGUGCGUUUAUUUUGAAAGAGACGGUAGGUAAAUGGUAAAUAUCCUGUGAAAAUGGAAGCGUAUUUUGAAAGAAGACUAUGCAUGUGACAGACAGCAACAGUCAACAACCAAUGCACCCAGGGUACCUUGCAUAUCAUAUUCUGACAUGGAAACCCCACAACCAAACGUCGAUAUGUGACGAAGUCAGACUGAGAAUGUGUUGGUUUUUUCUGAUCUUGGUGUUGAGGACAAUUUUCAGUUUGUGUUCUUCCUUUGUGACUUAAAGAAUCACUUGUUUGAAAAAUAAAAUAGAGUUGAGGAGCCCUGAUUUGUUUUGGUCUCCUGAAGGUUGUAUGUUAAGUUGGCUUAUUAAAAGGGAAGUGUGCAAAUUUUAAAAAAUUCCUUCAUGUUAUUCCUACGGUCUAAGACAGUCCAAAAAUAUAGGGAAAAAUGAACAACUCUCUCAGAAAUCCAAAAACUAGAGUGGUAAAGCUCAGAUUUGUGAUGUCAUAGGAAGUCUGGAGCUGCUCCACAGACAGUGAAUGGUGAAAGAUGGUCUAGAUGACACUGAGAGCACUCAGGGGGAAUAUUUUGAGUUUAUGGGUGCAUUUUCUGUUUCACAGCUGAGAAUACUACAAUAGAAUAAAGCUUGUUUGUGUAUAAAAAAAGAAAAAUACACUCUGUGGGUGCCCACAAAAUCAGGCUCCCAUUCACUGUGUAUGGAGCAGCUCCAGACUUUAUCCCCUAUGACAUCACAACUGUGAGACUUCCUACUCUGGUUUCUGGCUUUGAGAGAGAAAAGAUCAUGUUCACAUAGAUUAAUUGAACUUUCACAGGCCACAGGAAUAACAUAUUGGAAUCCUUAAUUUAGGUGGCCUUCCACUUUAACGAGGUGUUUUUUUUCUCAGCAAGAGUCAUAGCAAAUGCAUGGAAACCAUUGUGACUUAUGUUUGACAGUAAAUGACAUGACAUGUUUGGUAUGUUUUCUUACUGAAUUUGUGGAGCUGUAUGUUAGACUGCUCAUGACGCUAAUCUGGUUGUUGCCUAGUGGACCAUAUUGUGCAUGACACCAAAAUAAACCAAUCAGUCACUGGACAAAUCUCCUGCAGACCAGCAGUGCAUGGCAACAAGGGCGUAGGGUUUGUUUCAGUAUUGGUGGGGGGGCACAUUUGAAAUGGGGGAUGAACAUUUUGGGCAUCAAACACUUAAUUUUCUGCAUUCUGAUGCAUUCUAAUGCAACACUUUGCCUUUUCUGCAUUGAUUUUUGUUGUAAAUGUCUUUACAUUACCAAUGCAUGGUAAUACUAGGACCGGCUGAAAUAAUAAUGGACAUUUGUUGAGUUUAUUUAUGAUUAUGAUUAAAUCUGCUUUUAUUUUUUGAGCAUGUUGAAUAUUGGUGUUCCACGCAAUAUAUAAGUACUGUUUCGAUGUAAUGAUAAACACAUGUACAU